AAUACUUCCGGUUCAAAUAUUGACCUCUGUCUCAUGCAAUCCAUGCAGCUUUGGCUGAAAUUAAAUAAUACUUAAAACCUUUUACUAUUAUCUGUUCAGUUUUACAAUACUGCAGGUUGUAUGUGGUAAGGUAGGUGUAAGAUGUCAAACACAUCAGAGACCAACUCCACUGAGAAGAUUGAGGGACAGGGAGGAGCAGAUGGGGAUGGGGGAGAAGGGCUAACUAGAGUAAAAAGUGAGAAAGAACUUCAGAAAGAAAAGAAGAGGCUAGAAAAACUUGCAAAGUUUGAAGCAAAGAAGCAGAAAAAGGCAGAAGAAGAUGCCCAGAAGAAAAACAAGCCUGAUUCUGAGAAAAAGAAAGCAAAGAAGGAAGAGAAAACAGUUGUGACGUAUGAUAUACAAACUCCCACUGGUGAAAAGAAAGAUACACAAUGUGCAAUGCCAGAGGGUUAUAGUCCAGCAUAUGUAGAGGCGGCCUGGUAUGAUUGGUGGAUGAAACAGGAUUUCUUCAAACCAGAGUACAAUGAUGCCAAGAUGGACACAGAAAAGAGGGGAUUGUUUAUGAUGGUAAUACCACCUCCCAAUGUCACAGGAUCUCUUCAUCUUGGACAUGCUCUAACCAAUGCUGUGGAGGAUUGUCUCGCUAGAUGGCAUCGUAUGAAUGGCAAAGUGGUACUAUGGAACCCUGGCUGUGACCACGCUGGUAUAGCUACACAGGUUGUUGUAGAGAAAAAAUUGUGGAAGGAACAGAAAGUUACAAGACAUGCACUUGGUAGAGAAAAAUUUGUAGAACAAGUCUGGAAAUGGAAAAACGAGAAAGGAGACAGAAUCUAUCAUCAGUUGAAAAGACUUGGCGGUUCCUAUGAUUGGGAUAGAGCAUGUUUUACUAUGGAUCCAAAAUUAUGCCGAGCUGUCGCAGAGGCAUUUGUACGUCUUCAUGAAAAGGGGCUAAUUUACCGUAGUGUGCGACUGGUAAAUUGGUCAUGUACACUGAACUCAGCGAUUUCUGAUAUUGAGGUGGACAAAAAGGAGUUGACUGGUCGAACUUUAUUACCAGUACCUGGUUACUCAGAGAAGGUCGAAUUCGGAGUACUAGUCUCAUUUGCUUAUCCAGUAGAGGAUUCUGAUGAAGAGAUAGUUGUUGCUACAACACGUAUAGAGACAAUGCUUGGUGAUACAGCAGUAGCAGUACAUCCGACAGAUGAUAGAUACAAACACUUGCACGGGAAAUUCGUGCGGCAUCCCUUAAUAGACAGGAGAAUGCCAAUCGUAUGUGAUGAGUUUGUUGAAAUGGGCUUUGGAACAGGUGCUGUAAAGAUAACACCUGCUCAUGAUCACAAUGACUAUGAGGUUGGUGUACGUCACAGUCUGCCACUGCUGACCAUCAUAGACGAUAAAGGUUUCAUCACGUCAGAUUGUGGAAAAUUUGCUGGUAUGAAAAGGUUUGAAGCAAGAAAGGCUGUAUUAGAGGCCCUUAAAGAGAAGAAUUUGUUCAGAGGAACAGUAGACAACCCUAUGGUUGUACCCAUCUGCAGUCGAUCAAAGGAUGUGAUAGAGCCAUUGUUGAAGCCACAGUGGUAUGUUGAUAUGAAGGAUAUGGCAGCAGAUGCUGUUCAGCUUGUAAGAGAUGGAGAGUUGAAGAUUUUACCAGAGAUGCAUGUAAAGACUUGGUUUAACUGGCUGGAAAACUCCAGUUAUUGGGGACAUCGAUCCCAGCAUUUUUUUCAGCAUAAAGAUCCAAGUGUCCCACAAAAGGGACACAGAUGGACAUAUUGGAUAUGUGCCCGCACAGAAGAUGAAGCCAAAGAAAAAGCAGCAGAAAAAUUCAAAGUGUCGAAAGAUAAAAUUACGCUGAAACAAGAUCCGAAACAAGAUUAUCCAAAUGGAAUACCAGAGUGUGGUACAGAUGCACUGAGAUUUGCACUCAUAUCCUAUACAACAGGUCGUGAUAUCAAUCUUGAUGUUCUACGUGUACAAGGGUAUAGGUUUUUCUGUAACAAACUUUGGAAUGCUACACGGUUUGCUCUCAAUACUCUAGGAAGUAACUUCAAACCAAAACCAACAGUACAGUUGAGUGGUAAGGAGAAUGAGAUGGAGAUGUGGAUCUUGAGUAAACUUAGUGCUGCAGUGGAGUCAUGUAAGCUAGGCUUUGACAACUAUGACUUUCCCACAGCAACAACAGCAUGUUACAACUUCUGGUUGUAUGAACUGUGUGACUGGUACUUGGAAAAUAUCAAGCCUAUUAUUUAUGGAUCUGAUGAGGAAGCUAAAGUGAUAUGUCAGGAUGUGUUGUACACAUGUUUGGACGUAGGACUGCGUCUGCUACAUCCAUUUAUGCCAUUUGUGACAGAAGAGUUGUAUCAGAGGUUACCACGGAGAUCAAGCUCAGACCCACCUAGUAUAUGUGUCACUUCAUACCCACUACCUCCAGAUUGUCCUUGGAGAGAUGCUAAACUUGAGGAGGAAGUCGAUUUUAUUCAGAGCAUUGUAAAAUCUGUACGAUCUGUAAGGGGAGACUACAACAUAACCAACAAGAUGAAGCCAGAGUUGUAUGUAAAGUGUUCUGAUGAGGAGACAGCCAAUCUUGUACGCACUCACACAGAAAUGAUCCAAGUGCUGUCGUUGUCAAGUUGUGUAAAAGUCAACGAGGCCCCACCCAAAGGUUGUGCUGUACAAACUGUAUCAGCAAAAUGUGAAACACACUUCAUGAUAAAGGAUUUCAUAGAUAUUAGCAAAGAGUUGAAAAAGUUGACAGGCAAGAAAGAGCGACUAGAGAGUCAGCUACAGAAAAUCGAUACAUCAAUGAUGAAGUCAGACUAUGAAUCGAAAGUCCCAGAAGAUGUGAGGCAAAAGGAUGCAGAAAAGAAGUCGGAAUUGACAAUGGAAAUUGAAAAACUUGCCCAUGCAAUGGAAAUGCUAAGUACUAUGCAAUGAUCUUGUCAAAACUUAGGAAAAUAAACACAGUUUUUAUCAACUAUUCAUAUGAUGAAGCAAACUGAAAUAGUGUGAUAUUGUGAUGGUUUAUUAGGUAACAGCGACCAAACAGAGUGGGAUGAAAGUCCGUGAAAUAGACAUUAUUUGAAAUUUAGGUGAUUUUUAUUUUGUGAAAUGUUAGUGCAAGAGUAUAUAAAUUGAUUAGAAGUGUCUCUAAUAAAUACAGGUGGAUGGUGUAAAUUGAUAUAUAAUGUGUGUUUAAUUUAUUUUCCGUUAGAGCUGUAUGUGUUCAUGAUCUUUGCUCCUAAAAUAAUGUUGAGUCCAUAAAUUAAUUGCUUCAUUUUCAUCCCUGAUUUUUCAUACAUCCCUGACCCAUUUUAUUUUUUUGAAAACUUUUUUUUAGAUUUGUUUAAGAAUGUAUUUGUAUGUCAGUAGUUAUUUUGUUGUUUGAUUGUCAGUUUAUUUAAUCAACAUAAACUGGACAAUAUACUUUGUUUUUUUUUUUUUUAAUUUUAGCUUGUCAUUUUUUGUGUUUUCAUGCAGGAUACUAUAAAUUAUCCAAAUUAAAAAAAAAAAAAAAGAACUCCCUAUCCUCAGCCUCUCCAAUUUGAAUGAUAAUCUAGCAAUUAAUUUAUAAUGACCUUAUGUAAAUUGUGUUGUUGAUAUGGGGCACAGAUAGUAAGUUAUUUAAUGUGCUUUUACUUUCUUACGCUCAAAGUUCUAUGAGUUGUAUAUGAUUGUGCUACGAAUGAAAAAAGAAGUAAGAAUGUGUUUAAGCCAUGGAUAAAAUGCUCACUUAUAUUCAGACAACAAAAUGAAAUGUUUGCCUCAAGCAGUAAAAAUUACCAUAAACAUACUUGAUAAAGGAUGCUUGUGUUUACUGUCUGUUGACCUAAAAGAAAAACAUGGAAAGAUGUAGAAAAUGAUGUUUUUCCAUUUUGUGUAGAAGUUUAAAUGUUGGUCAUCUAAAUGUUUUAAUUCUAAAAGUCAUGCUUGUAUAAUCUUUGCUGCAUUUAAAUUUUAUGUGUUACCAGUAAUAAAUAACAAUGAAUUUGUAUAGUUUUUCUCGUAGGUUUAAUGCAAAUAAAUUUUCUACAUUUAGAAGUGUAUUAUGGUGAGUACUUGUUGAAAAAGUUUUUAUCCCAUUCUUCUGUUUAGUUUCAUGCAUAUCCAUUGUUACUGCAUGCAUAAUCUGUUAAGAUUUUAUACAUGCUUAUACUAAUAUUGUUGGAUAACUUUGAAAAUAACAGGUUAAUAGACUGAAAUAUAUCUGACUAGUCUUUGGAAAUAGUUUAUUUUACAUGUCUGAUAUGUUACAUAACUAUCACAUUUUUUCUUCCAGAAUUUUCUUCAGUACUCAAUAUUUUACCAACUUUCUGGCAGCAAAAAUGGCUUGGACUUUUUCACAUUGGGGGAGGGGGGAGGGGCUGGUAAUAAAUGCCUUACAAACUAUGUUUUUAAUUUAAUAUUUGUUACAGCUGUUUAUUCUAAUGCUUAACUUGGACAGUAAUGUCAGCCUUAAAAUGUGACUAUGGCUUACUGAAUGUGAAAAGAGCUUUUUAUAAAAAUCAAUGAAGUAGAGUUUGAAAUUUUGAAAUAAGUUUUGGAAAAAAAGAUGAAACUAAAAAUAUUAUUUUCUUAAGAAAUAAGUUCCUGUAAAUUGCAAUGGUCCCUUUGAUUAUGUGUAUGUUUAGUGUAAAAUUUUAUCAAAUGAGUCCAGUCACAUCAACUUCAUAGAAAGAAUCUCAGAUUUUGUUUGUCUUUUCAGAUGAAAAACAUCGUUUUAUCGUUUCACCUAAACACAAUUAUAGAAGUCAUGGUUAUUGUUUGCAAAUGAAGUCUGUAUCACUGCCCAAUCUUAAUUCUUAUAUAAACAGGCACUGUUUUCAAGAUCUAUCUAUUUCUGUUUGCAAUAGUUAUAAUUCUGUCUAUAGAUAUGUAAUUGGUGCAUGCAAAAUAUGAUGAAAAUAAAAUUACAUAAAACAUG